AUGGAAUCCCGAGAAUUGACGGCGUCGUACCUCCUAGAAAAGUCGGCAAGAGAGUAUGGACGUUGGUCCUCAUUAUUACCAUGGAAUCGCCUAUGCGAGAGAUACCCAUACAUCAGAUAUCCGCCAUGUCCACCGCAGGAUGAGAAGUGCACAUGCGCUGAGAGCAACAAUGGACCAGAACUACCUUUGUUGACCGAGGAAUACAUGUUGGACGAGGACACGGAGGUCAAGGACCCGCCUGAGCCAGAGCAUGAAUCUCCCGUGGUCACCUACUUCAAGCGAUACAAGGAUCGAGCCAAGAUAGCCUUUGCGUCCACCAAAGACCUCUACAACCCCGGACUUCCGGCCCAAGGCGUGUUUUACACAAUCCCAGAGAUUCUCGAGCUCUUUACCGACCGCCGGAUGCAACGACAUGGAAUCAUAAUGGAGGGGCUACCAACCCAAUUUCCCCUAUCAGAGCAAGCUGAUAAGUUUUAUCGUCGGUGUAAACACUACCAUCCCUACUAUUGUCUGAUGCCUAGUGUGAUGCACUAUAUUCAAAAUGAUAUCAUUGGCAAGUCAGGCUAUUGUCAUUUCAUCAAUACGAAAGGGAAGCGAUGGUGGCUGCAGGUUCUAGAGGGGAGUAUCCGGAUUGCCUGGCUUGGAUCCACUACAAGUGAUGAGCCUAUUCUAUUGGGAAACGUGAACACAGCAAUGAUGCCAGUGAAGCCUGGAUACGAUGAAGUGACGUUUUUCAAGGGCUCUGUCGGGCAUUUCCAGAGUAUCAGUUAUCUGAAAAUCACUUUUCUAGAGGAUGCUGUACUCCAUCGCGGUUGGUUACUGGAGCCGGAUCUAGCAGGAGAGUCCGAUUUUCUCAUACGAGUAGGGCUGGACGGGAUGCCUGAACAUUCUGGCCGGGAGUAUGAAGAGUUUCUUGCGGCUGAAAAAGCCAAAGCGGCACAAGAUCCUCCACGGGACUAG